UGGACCCGAUAUAUCUCCUCUAUCUCACCAACCCUAAAGCCUCUUCCCCGCCUGUUCAUCACCACCCCGCGAAGACAACUACCAAUCGCUCCGGCAAGAAAACAGUCUCUAUCGUGAUAGACACAAUUCCAGCUCGACACAGGCGUUGAUUUGAAAAAUUUUAAGGUGUUCCAAGUCAUGUGCUCACCAGAUAUCUUUCUUGGUCUCAUUGCGGUCCUGUUCCCUCCCAUUGCAGUGUGGAUAAAAGCUGGCAUCUGCAGCGCCGACAGCGUCAUCAACCUUGCCCUCUGCUGCUUAGGCUACAUCCCUGGACUUCUCCACGCAUGGUACAUUAUUGCCAAAAACCCUGAUGCAGCGGACGGGUACGAGGCAGUAGACGACUCUGAGCAGGGCCAGCGUCAUCACACUCACCACGUUGCAUACCACUACGCUCCUCAUGGUGGUGCACAUCAUCAACAGGGGGCCGGAUCAGGCCGCAACUACGGCACAACCGGCAGCAAUAUAACUUCCUCUGAUGCUCCUACUGCGCCAUCCAUGCAAUACCCCCAGCAAGGCGGCCAAAUUGAGUAUGAGCAAUGGCGACUGCAACAACAGAAUCAGCACCAGCAGUGGCAGAAGGACUAUCAGCAGCAUCAGCAACAGGUACCGGCUACGCUUGACGACGCUGCUGACGGCCCAAGUAAUCCUGGCGUUCCACCUACUUAUGCCGAGGCCGUCCGCGGGGAUAAUAAAGUCCAGUCAUAAAGAGAUUCGACAAGGACAACAUGUAUCUUUCUCACGAUUUACUGCACCGGUACAUUGUUGGUUGGAUCAGUUCAUUUUAUCGACAGAAUUGUAGCUGUCGCUCUAGCCC